CACGCGACGCCUUGGAUACGCUAAACAAUGUGCGGAAUUCGCAGUGGGUGGCUGCGAAAACGAUCGAGCGUCUUCUUUCACCCAUAUAUAUAAAAUGCUGAACGGACGAUCAGCAUACCUCCCACACUUGACCUGCAACCAGAUACCCACAGUUCGCUAUGCCUAGCAUCACCGACUGCAAAUGCGUCCUCGUCAUCGGUGCCACCGCCGGCAUUGGUCGCGCCCUCGCGCUCGUUAUACAUGAGCUGCCGUCCAAGCCAACCGUGAUCGUGGCGGGGCGUCGCCAGGAGAGGCUAGAUGAACUUACGGAGGAGGGGGACAGGAUCAAGGCUGUGAAUUUUGACGUGAACAGCGGUCGUGAUGCCCUGAAGAGUUCUGUCCAGGACAUCGUCACCAAUUAUCCUGAUCUCGAUGCAGUGAUGUUUUCAUCCGGCAUUCAGCAUAUCUUUGAUUUCAAGAAACCCGAGUCAGUCGAUCUUGACAAGCUCGAAACGGAGCUGAACACGAAUUAUACGUCCAUAAUCAGAAUGACAACGUUCUUCUUACCUCACUUUCUGAAGCUGAGCGAAAGAGGACGCCCGUCGUUCAUCAUCACGGUAACCUCCGGUUUGGCGAUUGUCCCUGGCCCCUGGGUGCCGAACUACUGCGCCACGAAGGCCGCUCUCCACAGCUUUUCUUUGUCUUUGGACCAGCAGCUGAAGGACACGAACGUGACUGUGAUGGAGAUCAUCCCUCCGCUGGUCGAGUCCGAACUGCACGACCAUCAAGGCACCACUCCGAAGUAUUCCAAAUUCUGGAUGCCGUUGGACGAGUUCACGAAGGGCGCCAUGGAAGGCCUCAAGCGCGGCGACCUGCAGAUCCCCGUCGGAACAGCUGCGCAGCAGUGGGAGGUGUUCGAGAAAGGGAAGGCGGAGAAAGCUGCAAAGACCCAGGAGAUUUUUCAGAAGAAUGCCUGAACUUCUAUUAGAAAUGGUGGAGGACCUGGUGUACAAUGAUGAUUGCAGAGAGAAAUGAAUACCGAUAUCGAUC